GGAGUAACUAUAGUAUAUCCAAUUGUUUAUGGAAAUAUUGCAACUUUAUUGCCACAAAAAAAAGUUCCAGAUUCAGAUCAUACACAUAAAUGGACCGUAUCAGUAAAAGGGAUCAACGGACAAGAAAUUGGUCAUUUCGUUAAAAAGGUUACUUUCAAAUUACACGAAACUUAUUCUAAUCCCCAAAGGGUUGUCGAAACUCCGCCUUUUGAGAUUACGGAAACUGGAUGGGGUGAAUUUGAACUUUCAAUAAAACUUCAAUUUAUCGAAGGUAGUGAAAAACCUGUUACCCUUUAUCACAAUCUUCGUCUUCAUUCUUAUGAAGAUGAUGGCUCAAUUUCAACUUCAAGCAAGAAUAAACCGGUUCAAAGUUUUCAAUACGAUGAACUCGUGUUUACUGAUCCCCCGGAAACUUUAUAUCAAAUUUUGACAAUGCACCCGAUCCCAACUCUUCCAUCCAAGCCAUCACCUAAUUCACUAUACAGCUUACAGGCAGAACAAGAUGAACUUCGUAAGAUUGAAGAGGCUUACAGAAAAGUUCAAGAACAGAUGACUAUAUAUAAAAAUAGAAAUGAUAAAAUAACAAAGGAAUUAGAAGAAGUUAAAACAGAGUUAGAACGUAUCAAAAAGUAA